AUGCCCCCCAAAAGCCAGGUCAUCAGCAUGGAAGAAUUGAUCAAGGGUGUUCGCUGGGCCUUUAUUGACAUGCUGGAGAAAGAAAAUGAUUGGAUGGAUGCAGGGACCAAAAAGACAGCCAAAGAAAAGGCACAAGCUGUUUUGGCAAAAGUUGGCUAUCCCGAGUUUAUAAUGAAUGAUACGCAUGUUAAUGAAGACCUCAAGGCAGUAAGUUUUUCAGAAUCCGACUACUUUGGCAACGUCCUGCAAACCCGCAAGUACUUAGCACAGUCUGAUUUCUUCUGGCUAAGAAAACCUGUCCUAAAAACAGAUGGGGGGAUUGUUUCUGUUUUGAUAUGGCAACAAGAUACAGGAUAUGGGGACAGCUGGGAGAUGCCUGAGUCGGUUUGCUGUGGGACUGCUAGCAGACAGCACGGAAGGAUGAUCACAGUCACUCUGAUUAAAGAGAUGAGCUGUGAGUGGGGCAAGUCAAGGUUGGAUGAUCACUGGGAACUACCUGGAGGAUUUCCAGCAGGAGAGCUCCAGAAGCCUUUCUUUUGGGGAACAGAAUAUCCUCGAUCUCUGAGUUAUGGCGCUAUAGGGGUAAUUGUUGGACAUGAAUUUACACAUGGAUUUGAUAAUAAUGGUAGAAAAUAUGAUAAAAAUGGAAAACUGGAUCGUUGGUAGUCUACUGACUCAGAAGAAAAGUUCAAAGAAAAAACAAAGUGCAUGAUUAACCAGUAUAGCGGCUAUCACUGGAAGAAAGCAGGCCUAAAUGUUAAGGGGAAGAGGACCCUGGGAGAAAAUAUUGCCGAUAAUGGAGGUCUGCGGGAAGCUUUUCGGGCUUACAGGAAAUGGAUAAGUGACAAAAGGCAGGGAGUGGAGGAGCCUCUCCUACCAGGCAUCUCAUUCACCAACAACCAGCUCUUCUUCCUGAGUUAUGCUCAUGUGAGAUGUAAUUCCUACAGACAAGAAGCUGCCCGAGAACAAGUCCAUAUUGGUGCUCACAGCCCUCCUCAGUUUAGAGUUAACGGUGCCGUUAGCAACUUUGAAGAAUUCCAGAAAGCUUUUAACUGUCCACCCAAUGCCACGAUGAACAGAGGUACGGACUCCUGCCGACUCUGGUAG